CCUUACUCUAUGUGUUACGGUAACUUCUGGUACGGAGUGUAGUGCUAAAUGUGCUCUAUUGUUCGCAAUUACUAAUGUACCGACAGAACAUAGGCGUACAUUAUUUGGUACGUAUGCAAUCGAUAAUUGGUAACGACAGCUCACAGCCUGAUGGGGCUGAACGUGAGGCACAGUGAUGGUGCAUGCAUAAUGCAGCCCUCAGCCUCAUUGGGCGUUUUCCUCUCUCGUGACUGCUGACAACACUUUGCGAGCCUUACCCGUGAAUCUGGCAUCGACAUCAUCAAACGCAUCAAACAAGAACCUUGAAUUUCUUUCCCCCCAUUGCGCGCGCCCUCGAAAUGGCCGAGGUUCUCGGAAUCGUGUCUAGCGUCAUCACCGUCAUUGAGACGGCUGGCAAGUUGGGCUCCAGCGCGAUCAAGCUCAAGCAGCUAUGGGACGAGGUCCAAUAUGUCCCCGAGAGCAUCAAGAGGCAGAUGCAGCACCUCGACAUGCUAACACCGGUGCUCGAGGACAUGGAAUAUGAAUUCCAGCAGACGCGGAAUAUGGUACGGAAUGACCGUACAGCGAGACGCAGCUUGGAGAAUUGCCGCAAGGUUGUUUCGGAUCUGGAGGAGUUGGUUGAGGAUAUGCAGUCACAAGUUACCGGGGCAAAGAAAGGAAGGAGAACGACAGCCAAAUUUAAGGUGACGCUUAAGAAAGCCGUGGUUCAAGAAUAUCACGAGCGUCUCGGGUCUGCGCUGCAGCUGCUUGCUAUGUCACAGCAGACAUACUUGUUUGCUUUGACGAGAGCUCAGCCAUCGAUGAUUGUAUCCGAGUUCCAGGCGAUACAGGCUCAGUCGCGUGAGGCGAAUGAAUCCCGGGUGCAGGUUGUCGAAGACGAAGCAGAUGUUGAAGGGGCUCACCGUCCAGUUCAAGAAGGGGAAUCCUGUGCAAGGCAGCAGGUUAGGAGUCGGGCCUCUCAAACCAGAUUCCCGUCGCGCAAAACCAGGAGACUCCCUCACCAGAACCCGGGUUUCCUACCGAGACUUGCUUACGAAGUAGCUGAAGCCUGUGAUGGGGAUUCGGGGUCAGUCACGUCACAAGUUUAUCAAGCGAGACUUCAACUUCCAUGGUGGCUAGCCCAGAAAGCAUGGGAUUUCCAGGCCUACAGAUCCUAUGAUGGAUGGAAGAUUCAGCUCACGCCAUGGUGUACUCGUCCAUUUGAUAGCAUCGUAUUUGACUAUGCAAUAGUUGGAGAUACUGACGGACUACUGGCAGCCAUUGCGAAGAAAGAAGGCUCUUUGUACGACCGUGAUCCGGAUGGAGAUACCUUGCUUGAUUAUGCAUUGUUCACCCCCCAAAUUGACCUAUGCAUGUGGUUAGUCCACAACGGCCUUAAAUUUGAGCAAAGAGCAGAAAAUUCGAUUGUUUUCCAUCAAUACAUCCGAGGCGAUGUCAACAUCAGUCUUACGGAUGUGCUGGAUUUUAACCGGUUUCUCGCGGAGAAUGGCGGGUUUGAGGACGAGAUAUUUAGCUGGGAGCAUAUUGACCCGGGACUACUUCUGGACAUAUUGACUAGCCAAGAUCUUGUGUCACCAGCACAAUUUCGGGCACAGCAGCCCUCAGUCGCAAUGAGUUGUUCGUUCGGAUAUCAAUAUUUCUCUAGAGCGAUUCAUAUGACAAUGGCUGGUGCUGGUCCAGAAUGGAGCGACAAUAUGAGGGCUCUGGCGAGGUGGUUGCUCACUGGAGCUUCUGGGGGGGAAACUGUGCAGGUGAUGGCGGGUGGGAUGAGUUCAUACAUUUUAUACUUAAUGGAGGCGGGCGUUGAUCUGGAGGCGUAUGGAGAAUUGGAAGACGAGUUUCUGGCUGUGGGUGCCAUGGAAACGGACUUGGAGUUUCCCGAUGGAAGUCUCUAUCCGGCAUCUAUGGGCCCGUACAUUGUGUGGGCAGAGUAUGGGCCUCGCCCAGAAGAUUGGAUAUUUGAAUAUGACCCUUGUGUCGAGGAAUAUGCUGGGGAGUUUUGGUGGGUGUUGGCGAAUGAAGAGAGACUGAUGCCAGGCCCGAUGCCGGGAGGAUGGGAGGAUGAAUAG